CUUUUUGUCCAUUUCACGUGUCCGAAUUUCACGUCUCUUCUUCUCAUUGUAUUGGAAGAAAUCAAGAAAUCAAGAAAUGUAAGCUUUCAGAUUUUCGAGUUCUUCUCUCUCUCUCUCUCUUUCUCUGCUUCCAUUCCUUCUUCUUAGCGAAUAAACCCUAAACCACGCGAUCCCAAUCUUAACAAGAUUGAUUUCCAAAUACCCACAAGCUCUAAACCCUAAUUUUGAUUUUAAACCUUCGUUUUUUCUUUAUAUCAGGCCAUUUCUUUCCUUCCUUAAAUGUCGCCGCCGGCGGUGGAAUUACGAUCUCCGGCGGUUUCCCCACCACCCGAAUGCUCAUCAGCCACACUCCUAAAUGUUGAGCUUAAACCCCAUCAGCCACACUCCUUCAGCGCUAGUGAUCCGAGUGGACUUGAUUUGAAGUCCACUUCCAAUUCUCAACGAGCGGCUCGAUCGCGGCCGAGACUUACGAAAGUCAGGAAGCGGGUCGCAUCGCAGCAUGCGAGGUCGAAAGUUGGUUCUUGCGAGGUUAGUUCGAAUGAUGGGUUUUUGUUUUUAGGCGGUUCUUUGAAGUUUGGUAGCGGUUCUGUGUUUGGGGGGAAUGGGGAUGAUAAUUCGAAUUCUGGGAAUAAAGUGUCCACUGGCGAUGUGCAUAAGAAAUUGGAUUGUGGGAAGGUUGAGAAUGAAGUGUUCGUAUUUGGUGCUAAACUGAGUAACUCGGCUACGAGUUCAGAAACUUCAGACGGCAAAUGUGAACAGUCUAGCGUAAAUUGUGAAAACCUUGUAGCGGAUGAUGGGGGGAAGAUCAAAGCAGAGUGGAAAUGGGAUAAUUUUAUGAAUGCUGAGAAGCUCGACUCUGGUGGUGGUGAAAUGAAAAUGGAUUCUGUAACAACCGAUGCCAUGAAUAACAAUGCGGAGUCUGUAUCAGUUGCUGAAACGAUUGAUCUGGCAUCCGCGGUAAAUGCACAAGAAGGAGAACUUGAUAAAUCUGUGGGGAAGGGGGUUGCUGAUAGUUGUAGCGAUCUUGAAACUGGAAAUUAUGAUUAUUUAAAGAAAUCUUUUGAUUCAAAGUUUGUUUUUGGUGACAGUUGGUUUGAUGCAACAACUAAUGUAGGAAAUUCUGUUUCUGAUUUUGGAGUCAAGAUGAAAACAGAAAGUAUAGCAGAGUUUCAGAAGGCAGAAGCUAGUAAUGUUAACUUUAGUUGUGAAGAGGGUAGAGAUGUAUUUGUAUUUGGAAGUUCCAGCUUAAAUGAAGUAAAGAAAGGGAGGCGUCUGAAAGGGAGGCCAAAGACGUUAUUUACACUCCCGGAUGAGAUGAAUAAUCUGAACAUCAAUGACUCUGGGAAUACCAAUGGCUGUGAAAAACCUGAAUGUUCAAAUGCUACCUUUGCUGAGACCUCUUCCAGCUCUAACUGUUGUGACAAGCCAUCUGGUUCUUCUAAUGGAUGUCCCAAAAAUAAUACCUCCUUCUCUUCUGAAGUUCCGGCAGGCUUUUCUGGUAGGACCUUUGAGGAUAAUCCUGAAAAUAGUGGCAAGAGCAAAACUGAACUUCAAAGUGGUUGUGAAUUUUCUUCUGCUUUUGAGGGUUCUAGCGCUGAGCCAUUUAAUUUUCUGUCAGGAUGCUUUGCAAGUUGUGAUGAGUGUCAGUCUCCUCAACCCUGUGUAAAUGAUACUUUGGAUGUACAAAAAGCCUCAACACCAUCAUCAUUCUCAUCAGCUGACUUUCCAUGUCAAUCAAAUGAUAAUUCACAAGUUCAUUUGGACGAAGUUGGAAAAAAUGAUGAACAUGGUCCUUUCGAUGCCUCAAAUAAUUUAAAUACUUCCGGUGAAUUUAAAAUUCCACAGUGGGACCCUUUGUCUUUCAAAGAAAAUCUGUUCUCAGAUCUCAAUCGAAAUUCAGUAGCUAGUAUUAAGAGUAAACUGAACAAAACUAAGAAGAAGAAAGUAAGGGGAAAUCUGAGGCAAGCUAAAUGGCAAGAUAAGGUGUCAAAGGACGAUGGCAGUUCCGAAAUUAAUUUGGACUCUCCUGGAUCUUACGCCCCUAUGGAUUUCUCCCCCUAUCAGGAAACUAUAUCCAUUGAUCAACAUCCAAGAGAUGUGCCUGGUGAAUCCUCCCCUCUGGUCAAUAGUUCUGCACCUUGGACGACCAAUUCUACAGUCUGUACCAAUGAAAAUGAUGUUCUUUUAACUGGAAGAAAAGUUACAGAUGCACAUGAUGGUAUCUGGAAAUAUAAUGAGCCCAGCGAGGGAAGUUUUGGGCAUCAUAGAGAUGGGAUUUCCGUUCACAGUUUUGAAGGUUUUGAUUCUAGAAAUGAAAGAGUCUGCUCUAGUCUCAAAACCGAGCAAUGCUGUAGCAGUAGUUUUGUUUGUGGUGUUUCUACAGAACCUACGGCUGGUGUCAACUUGAGCUCAGAUACACUAGAAAACAAUUGCAAUAAGAAGGCAGAUUCAGGAGAAAUAUGCGGCAAAAGUUUUACAUUUUCUGCAUCUUCUUCCAUCCAAGCUAGUUUUUUGGGAACAAAGAGUCGGCACAGAAAGAAAAAUAAGAAGAAAUCUAAUCACAAUACUUUUGUCAUCUCCCCAAGUCCAGAUAUUAAGUUUGGACCAUCUUUUGAGUUUUCAUCCAUUGCCAGUUCAUCGUUGCAUUCAGAGGCUUCAGGUAAAUUGGAAACAGAAGGAGAGCUUAAGCAAGAGCAUCCUUUCUCUACUGCAAUUCAAGAGACGUGUGAGAAGUGGCGACUUAGAGGAAACCAGGCAUACAAAAAUGGGGAACUUUCAAAGGCUGAGGAUCUUUAUACGCAGGGGAUAGAUUCUGUCCCACGUAAUGAAGGAUUUGCAUCUCGCCUGAAUUCUCUCAUGCUUUGCUACAGCAACCGUGCAGCCACACGAAUGUCGCUUGGAAAGAUUAGGGAAGCUUUGGAAGAUUGUGGGGUGGCUACUGAAUUAGAUCCAAACUUUCUUAAAGUUCAAGUCAGGGCUGGAAAUUGUCAUCUUCUUCUUGGGGGAACUGAAAAUGCAUUACAAUAUUUUAGCAAGUGCUUGGAAUCUAGAGAUGGUAUAUGUUUAGAUCGGAGGAUGAUAAUUGAAGCAGCUGAUGGCCUCCAAAAGGCUCAGAAAGUAGCCGAAUAUACAAGGCGUUCUUCUGAACUUAUGGAACAGAAAACUGACGAUGCAGCUCUCAGUGCCCUGGAUUUGAUUGCUGAGGCUAUAUCCAUCAGUCUGUAUUCAGAAAAAUUACUUGAAAUGAAGGCUGAAGCUCUCUUUAUGCUCCAAAGGUAUGAAGAGGCAAUUACGCUGUGUGAGCAGAGUCUUUGUUUUGCAGAGAAAAAUUGUAUUGCAGAAAGUGCUAUUGUUGAAACAGAUGUUUCUGGAUGUCAAAGUCAUUCACUUGCUAGGUUGUGGAGAUGGUGCUUGAUAACCAAAGCUCUUUUCUAUCUUGGAAAAUUUGAGGCUGCUCUUGAAACAGUUGGGAAAAUUAAGCAAGAAAAGUAUAAUCAAGAAAAGUCUAGAAUUAAAAGUUUGGAAUCAUCCCUCGCAUUAGCAGACACGAUACAGGGGCUUAUGCAUUGUAAGAGUGCAGGGAAUGAAGCAUUUCGAUCAGGGAAAUAUACUGAAGCAGUAGAACAUUAUACAGUUGCAUUAUCUAUAAAUGUUGAAUCCAGAUCUUUCACUGCAGUUUGUUUAUGCAAUCGUGCUGCAGCAUACCAAGCAUUGGUUCAGAUUGCUGAUGCUAUAUCAGAUUGUAAUCUGGCCAUUGCCCUUGAUGAAAAUUACUCAAAGGCAUUUUCUAGAAGAGCAAAUUUACAUGAGAUGAUCAGAGAUUAUGGUCAAGCAGCUAGUGAUCUCAAGAAAUAUAUCUUCAUUGUUGAAAAUCAAUCUGACGACAAGGUCACGCCUAGUAGAUCUGCUGGCAGUGUAGAAUUAAAGAAAGCUCGUAGGAAUAAGCCUUUAAUGGAAGAAGCCGCCAAAAAGGAAAUUUCCUUGGAUUUUUACCUUAUCUUGGGAGUUAAAGCAACUGACACUGCAUCUGAUAUUAGAAAGGCAUAUCGUAAAGCAGCUCUCAAGCAUCAUCCUGACAAGGCUGGUCUGUUCUUAAGAGGUGACAGCAGUCAUGAUGGACAACUCUGGCGAGAUAUCUCCCAGGACGUUUAUAGGGAUUUUGACAGGCUUUUUAAGCUCAUUGGAGAGGCUUAUGCUGUGCUCUCAGACUCCAGUAAGAGAUCGCAGUACGAUCUUGAAGAGGAAAUGAGAAAUGCUGCAAAGGAAAGCAACAGAGGCAGUAACAAUAGGAGAUCAUCCAAUGUCUAUGGCUCUCCAUUUGAGAGAAGUGCCAAUGGACGAAACUACCGGGACAGUUGGAAGUCGUGGGGAAGUUCACAAUCUCGAUGGUAAAAGGAAGCAACCGGCAUCGAUAUUCAACUUUGUAAGAUAAUCUGCAAUUCUUUUUCCAUUGAAAAGAAAAGAAAGAGAGAGCGAAUGAGGACAACCUCCUCCCUCCUGAAGAUCAGUUCUCAAUAAAAAGAUGGCAUAUAGCCAUUAUUCUUGGCCACUGCUACAUGUUCCAGCCAUUCCUUCGCCCUUCCGGUUUUGACCGCAUACUUUGCUCAGGAAUUUUCUGCAAAGACAACCAAAGAAAAAGGAAACAAUGGAGAAAAGGAAAGAAGGGAAGUGGUUGAAUAAUUGCUAUUUUUUCUAACACAAUUGAGAAUUCAGUGGAAAGUAGUUGAAUAAUAGCUCAGAAACUGGCCAAAGCUUCUGCUGCCAUUGCCAUAAUCCCAACAAAGGUCAAGUUUGUACAAACUUCAUUAUCAUGGAAGAAGAAUAAGAGAGAGAAGAUAGAGUUCUGAGUUUUUACAAGAAAGGCCAAUGUUGAUAAGCCAAGCUGGGAAGUUCAACAAAAGCUAACUACAGAAGAAGACCAGUUGAAAUAUUUUUUCUGCAUUUCAACACAUGAGAAUUAGUAAACCAAGAUUGUAAUGUUUUUUUUUUCCCUCUAAUCUCUUCAGUUCAAUAUUGCAUUCCAUUGGCAGAGAAUUUCCCAUUCUUUUUGGGUUUAGUAACAAUUUUGUUGAUUUUAGGGUCUAUUUGAGAUUUUGCUUUUGUGGAGUCAAGCAAUUAUGGGUGAAUCUUAACCAUAUGACAUGAUUGGUAAAACCUUAUGUAUAUUAAUUUAUCUAAAUUACUUCAAUUUUUCAAAUCA